GUAAAGGUGAAGUAACCUGCACAGCAACUAACACUACAUGUAUUCAAGCUUGUUCUGCUUAUUAUUCCAAUAGAUGCGGUACUCCCAAUCAACCACCAUCUUAUUAUACCACUAGUGAUGAAAAUACUCCCCCAUCUUAUGGUCCUCCGAAAAAUGAUAGUACUUUAGGUGGUUCUGCAAAUGGUACUUCUCCUAGUGGUACUACCAGUGGUUCUAACUCUUCUAGCUCUAACACCGCUAAAAGUGAUGCUUCAUCACUCUCAAUGACCUUUUCUUCAAUUAGUUCUGCAAUUUCUGCUUUGGUUAUUGUAGCUGCUGGAAUGACAAUGCUUUAA